CACGCAGUGGACUCCACGCAGCAGCAGUCGGAAAACAUGCCCACGAAGCAGCAGCGCGCAGCCUCCUCCUCCAGCAGCAGCAGCAGCUCGACGAAGCUUAGCCGAGGAAGCGUGAGUUCACUCCGCGCGGCCGCCGUCAGCCUCGCCGCCAUCCUGGUCCUCGCCGCGGUUCCACUCACACACAGUGCUCCGGUAAAACCUUGGCAAACCACAGAGGACAGGAGGCAGCUUCUCAGCCAGAUAGACACAGCUUGCUCCUCCUUCUUCUCCACAAGCGUACACUUUCAGGCUUCCGACGUCUUGGGGGAAAUUUGCUUCUUGAUGCUAGUCCAGAAGUCAAAGGAGCUCAAAGGACAAGAAAAUAAUAAAAAGAGCGUCGCAUUGCAGCCCCUCCUGCGUUUGGUGUCCCAUCUGUAUACCCGGCGAGAGAGAGGAAUCUCGGUGCAAGCGGAACUGGAGGGACCCGGCGGGAUACAGAGCCGAGGCUACUUCCUCUAUCGGCCUCGAAAUGGAAGAAGAGCAUUAGAGUACGAGUAGCCAAAAGGUAACACUUGACCUCUUGACCCCUCGGCAGCCCCCAACACAGCCGCUGCACUGGACGACCGAGUCGACGACACAAUUUACUGAAUGUACA